AUGGCCCUGCGAUGGACAUUUCUUCUGUUCCUCACACCUCUGCUGGCAGCGCACAAGCAGGAAGAGCCGGACCUCGACAUCUCCGGAGAACCCCAGGAAACAGCAACGUGCCAAAGGCCCCAGUGGGACUCGAGCCUCCAGAUGGCACCAGACCAGGACAAUUACAAGGAGAACGAAGAAGUGAUGCUGAGCUGUCCUGCGGGUUUUCACCCAUCCUUCACCCACGUCAAAUGUGUGAGAGAAGACCAGUCUACCCCUUUUGGGACACCUGUAUAUAGAGAAGUUUGGGAUGGAAAGCUCAGAGGAGGUGGCUGGAUCCGCAUUCAGUCCUACCUGGCGUGUGUCGAAGCAUGCCAAAGGCCCCAGUGGGACUCGAGACUCCGGCUGGCACCAGACCAGGACAAUUACAAGAAGAACGAAGAAGUGAUGCUGAGCUGUCCUGCGGGUUUUCAGCCAUCCUUCACCCACGUCAAAUGUGCCACGUGCCGGCUGGCAGUGCCUUCCUCCCCUCCCUGUGAGGCUGAAGAGGUGAAAGGAGAGGAGAUGCUACACGGCCAGGAGGGAACAUUCACCUGUCCCCCUCUGCAGCCCUUCACUGACUACAGUGUCACCAUCUCCCUGCCCCCCAGCACGAUUCUUUUCUCAUGGUUGGUUAGGACAGAGGAAACAGUGCCGGACAAACCGGAGAAGCUGUGGUUGGAUCCCAGCACAGGGUCCCUCAGGUGGAAGGCGCUGCCCUCCUGCAAAGGGGAGAUCAUCGGAUACCAGGUACGAGACCAUCGGAGACCAGGUCUGCUCAGCCUGGGGUUUGGCAGAAUUUGCGGCUCGGUGUGCAGCAUUUGGUCCACGCAUGGGGCCAAGGCUCCUGCCCGUGAAAGAGCGCGGCUGCGCCGGCGGCUGAGCAGCUCCGUCACUGAGCACCCGCUGCCCGACUACAGCCCCGGCAGCAGCUACGUGGUGACGCUGCAGGGACUCACAGCCGCUGGGGCCGGGGCUGCGUCACUGUGGGAGUUUCAGACCAACAGCUCGCACACCCCACACCCUCUCGACAGCACCUGCCGCGGCGCCCGUGACACCUCCCCAUCCCAAGGGACAGCCGUGCUUCGCCUCCACCCCAUCGCCCGUCCUCACGAGGCGGUGAGGGAGCACCAGCUCAUCGUGGCCACAACGCACAACGGCACGGGGGUGGAAGGCACCUGCUUGGGGCAGCCACAGCCCUUCAACGCCAGCCAGCAGCGCGGCGCCUACGUGGCCAUUGUGCUCAACCUCACCGCUCCCACGGACUUUGUGCUGGGCGACGGGACCCACGGGCAGGGUUACCACAACGCUGCCCUCCAGCUGGGCUUGAACUACACGGCCCUUCUCCGCCUCAUCCGCCACUCGCAGCAGGCAGAGAAGUUCACCUGCGUGUGCUACAGCUUCUCUGUUGGGCAGGAGCCGGUGCCUCCGCUGGGCAGGAUUUCCGUGGUUGUGGUUAUGGCAAUAGCGCUAGUCAUUGCACUCCUGGCACUGGGGAUUUUGCUGCUCUUUGUGCUCUUCAGGCGGAAGUACAACAGUUCAAAAACAUCGGAGAACAACAGCACUAUCCCCCUGCAAAGAUGUCAAGGAGGUGUGUGCAAGCUGAACACACAGAUCCCGGUGGAGGAACUGCUGGAGGCUCUGAAGAGGUUUAAGAGGGCAGAAGUAGAGGCAGAGCAGACAGAGGAUGAAUCAGUCGACAGGCAUGGCGCUGGGCGGCUGGGAGAGUACCAGCAACUGUCUUCCACUUCGUUGCAUCCCUGCGAUGCCGGGAAGGAGCUGUGUAACCAGAGCAAGAACCGCUACAAGAGCAUCAUCCCAUACGAUCACUGCCGUGUAGUGCUGCAGCCCUCUGACAUGGGAAAUGGCUACAUCAAUGCCAGCUAUGUGGAUAGCUACCGGAGUCCACGCUUCUUCAUUGCAGCUCAAGGCCCCUUGCCUGGGACGGUGGUGGAUUUCUGGCAGAUGGUCUGGCAGGAGAAGACCUCGGUCAUUGUGAUGCUGACGGGCUUAGUAGAGCAGAACAAGACCAAGUGUGAGCAGUACUGGCCAGAGCAGGAGCAGGUCUAUGGGGACUUCACAGUGACGCUCAGCAACACCAGGACCACCACGGGCCUUGUCACACGCAUCUUCUGCCUGCAGAAGGCAGGCUGUGCUCUCCCAAGAGUGGUGGAGCAGUUUCACUACCUGCUGUGGCCAGACCACGGGGUGCCCAGAAACCCUGCCCAGCUCCUGUGCUUAGUGGAGGUGGUGAACAAGAGGGCAUUGGAAGCGCCUGCUGGACCUGUGCUGGUGCACUGCAGUGCAGGGAUCGGGCGGACAGGUACCUUCAUCGCCCUGGACUUCCUUCUGAAGAUGGGGAAGGCCGAGGGGCAGGUGGAUGUGUUUCACUGCGUGCAGAGGCUGCGGGAGCAGCGGGUCAGCAUGGUGCAAACCCAGGAGCAGUACACCUUCCUGUACGAGGUGCUGCUUGAAGGCUUGCUCUGUGGUAGCACCGGGGGCCCAGCCCUGCAGAAGUUUUCUGAGUUGUUCCAGCUCUUGCCACACAGAGAAGCAGAGAAACCCAGCAACCAGCCCAAGAACCGCAACCCAGGGAUGUUGCCAGCGGAUUCCUGCCGGCCCAUCCUGAUGUCCUCGCUGAACGCAGACGGCUCACCAGGUUACAUCAACGCUGUGUUUGUCAACACAUACACCAAGGAGGACAAACUCAUCAUCACCCAGCUGCCUUUCCCCACCACGCUGGUGGAUUUCUGGUCUCUGGUCUGGGAUUACACCUGCACAUCAGUGGUUGUGCUGAACCAAAUCCAGGAGCUGGACAAGACAUAUGUGCAGGUCUGGCCCACCCAGGGCGAAGCUGUCUACGGCCGUUUCCAUGUCUGCCUGAUCUCAGAGGAGCCCGGAGUUGGCUUCACAACCUGGAAACUUUCCCUCACCAACAGGCAGCAGCCCAAGAAGUCUGCUCUGGAAGUCCUAUUCUGGCAACUGAAGGACUGGCCCAUGCAGCAGCGUCUUCCACCGCACCCUGCCACCAUCAUCAGCCUGCUAGGGAAGGUGGAGACAUACCAGCGGCAGAGCCAAGACAGACAUAUCCUUGUCACCUGCUGGGAUGGUGCCAGCCGGAGCGGAAUCUUCUGUGCUGCUAGUUUCCUGUGUGAGCAGAUCCAAAGCGAGGGGCUGGUGGAUGUAUCCCAGGCUGUGAGGAUGCUGAAGAGGCGGCGGAGACAGAUGAUUAAAGAUGUGGAGCAGUAUGGGCUCUGCUAUGAACUAGCCCUCAGUUACUUGAAUUCAUUUGAAACCUAUGGGAAUUUCAAGUAG